CUUUAAGCGUGUAAUAAAUGAUAAGCAAGAUAACAGCAAGAUACGAGCACGUAUAACAGAUAAAUGAUAAAUAACAUUAAAUAUAUCAUGCUUCUCACUUUAUAGAUUAUUAUAAACAAGAUAUAAUUAUAUCUGCUUUAAAAUUACAUUUUGUUAAACAUUUAUACUGUUAACAUAUUAAAAAAUCGUUUCCCAAUAUUUGAAUUUAUUUAUUAAUACAUGUAUAAUGUUCAUAUAAGUUCCAUGAACAUACAUAACAUGUUAAACAUGAAUGGUAUAAUACCUGAAAUGGAACAAAUUAUUAGUCAGCUAGAGAGGGGAACUGUGGUAACCAAAUUUUUCUCAAGAAAAAGGCCUGAAAAAAAGACUCUCAUGAUAAGAAGAGAGACCAGACAGAUUGUCUGGUCAGGAAGCGCAACAUUUAGACCAUUUGAUGGCUCAGUUGAGAUAAGAGAAAUCAAAGAAAUUAAAGUAGGAAAGCACUCUAAGGAUUUUGAAAAAUGGCCAGAAGAUGCAAAAAGAAUUGAAAAUCUUAGGUGCUUUGUUGUAUACUAUGGUUCUGAAUUUCGACUUAAAACUCUUUCUAUUUCUGCUCUUAGUGAAAAGGAAUGUGAACUCUGGGUAAAAGGAUUACGUCGUUUAGUUCAAGAUACUAUAAAGGCUCCGUAUCCUUUACAAGUUGAAAGAUGGCUAAGGAAAGAAUUUUAUGCUAUGGAGAACUCGAGAGAAACGGUUACUUUGAAAGAUAUGAAAGCAUUUUUACCUAGAGUAAAUUGUAAAAUAGCAACGAAUAAACUUAGGGAACUCUUUCAAGAAAUAGAUACGAGAAAUAGGAAUGAGCUUGGUUUUGACGAUUUUGUUGUACUUUAUCACAAACUUAUGUUUGAUCAAAACAACCUUACAGACUGGAGUAGAUUGCUUAAUUAUUCGAAAACUGGACAAAUCGUUACCGUCCAAGAUUUUCAAAACUUUUUAUUAACUGAGGAACAAGACCCCUUAGGGAAUAAUGAAGUCGAGGUGUCAUGUUUUAUUAGAGAUUAUUUACAAGAUCCUCAAAGAGACGUGCAAGAACCACACUUUACGUUUUCGGAAUUUAUCGAUUACUUAUUUUCAAAACAAAAUUCUGUGUGGGAUUCAAAAUAUUCUAGAAUUUACCAAGAUAUGACUAAACCUCUGGCACAUUAUUGGAUAGCUUCAUCGCAUAACACAUAUCUAAUGGGUGACCAAAUUAGCAGUGAAAGUAGUUGUCAAGCUUAUGUUCGCGCCUUAAGAGCCGGGUGUAGAUGUAUAGAACUUGAUUGCUGGGAUGGACCAGAUGGAAUGCCAUUUAUUUUUCAUGGUCAUACACUUACUACAAAAAUCAAAUUCUUAGAUGUCAUCAAAACUAUUAAAGAGCAUGCUUUUGCUACUUCCGACUAUCCUGUAAUUUUAUCCAUUGAGGAUAAUUGUACACUACCUCAGCAACGUAAAAUGGCAAUUACGAUGCAAGAAGUAUUUGGUGAUAUGUUAUUAAUUCAACCUGUAGAUAAAAAUGAAACUUCUUUACCGUCACCGCAUGCAUUAAGAAGAAAGAUAAUAUUAAAACAUAAAAAGUUACCCGAUGGUGUUGAUGAAACAUCAUUUCUUAUUCGAAAUGAUGAAAACAGGCAAGAGAUGGAUCUUAGAAAUACUGUUAAAAAUGGUAUUCUUUACCUUGAAGAUCCUGUCGACAGAGAGUGGAAUCCACAUUUUUUUGUAUUGACACAACAAAAAUUAUUUUAUACGGACACGUUUUCCAGAACACAAGAAACUGAACACGAUGACGAUGAAGAAGGUGCAAUUCGGCGACCAACAGACGGAGUUCCAAAUGAUGAGCUACAUUUUGGAGAGAAAUGGUUUCAUGGUAAAUUAGCAAAAGGACGAGAAGAAGCAGAAGAGCUAUUACGACGUUACUCCCAUCUUGGUGAUGGUACUUUUUUAGUUCGACAAUGCGUUACAUUUGUAGGAGAUUAUUGCCUUUCCUUUUGGCGCAAAGGCAAAGUAAAUCAUUGUCGUAUUAAGCUUAAACAAGAAAUGGGUCAAACGCAAUAUUACCUCAUUGAUACAAACUGUUUUGAUAGUCUGUAUAGUUUAAUUACACAUUAUCGUAAUCAUCCUUUAAGGAGCCAAGAAUUUUUAAUCACACUUCAAGAACCUGUACCACAACCAAAUAAACAUGAAGAAAAGGAAUGGUGGCAUGCAGACUGUACCCGGACUCUAGCUGAAGAAAUGUUAAAACGAAUUCCUUCGGAUGGUGCAUUUUUAGUGAGACCAAGUGAAAAAGAAAGCAAUUCUUAUGCUAUAUCUUUUAGGGCAGAGAAGAAAAUAAAACAUUGUAGAAUUAAAUUGGAAGGACGUCUAUAUACGAUUGGAAGUAUACAAUUUGAAAGUUUGGUCGAAUUAGUUAAUUAUUAUGAAAGGCAUCCACUAUAUAAAAAAAUAAAAUUGAGUCAUCCGGUAAAUCAAGAUGUUAUUAGAAGAAUGGGAUUGGAUGCAGAUGAUGGCUCAGUUUAUGGUAUUCCUGGUUAUAUGGAUCCCACAAGUUUUGCAUCAAAAGUAACUGUAAAGGCUAUCUACGAUUAUAAAGCAAGAAGAGAUGAUGAGUUAACGUUAGUUAAACACGCUAUAAUAACAAACGUACAUCGGCAAAGCGGAGGUUGGUGGCGAGGAGAUUAUGGCGGUAAAAAACAACAUUGGUUUCCUGCUAGUUAUGUGGAAGAAAUAGAACCACAGGAUAACCAAGGAGAUUCAACUGAUUCUAUGAUGUUUGGUAGUCUACAAAAAGGAUCAUUGGAUAUUAUGGGUGCCGUUGUUGAAUUAAGAGUAGGUGGUAGACCUGGAUUAGAAUGGAUAUUGAGAAUACAAAAUCCUAGCAUGUGUUCAGUAUUCGAAGUAGCGACUUCUUCGAAAGAUACAGCACUCGAAUGGAUGUCCAGCAUUAAAGAAACUGCACAAAAUGCUAGUGUUAGGGAAAAUCAACAUAAAGAAAUGGAACGUGCAUGGAGAAUAGCAAAAGAAAUGUCAAAUUUAAUAGUUUAUUGUAGAUCUGUUGCAUUUAAUUUAGAAAGAGUACGAACUAAAGGUUUUAUAUUUAAUGAGAUGAGUAGCUUUCCCGAAACGAAAGCUGAGAAACUGAUGUGUCAACAAGAAAAUAAAUUUUUCAUAAAAUAUCAUCAGGUUCAAUUCAGCAGAGUAUAUCCAAAAGGACAACGUAUUGAUUCAUCAAAUUAUAAUCCUGUGCCAAUGUGGAAUGCUGGUUGUCAAAUGGUAGCGUUAAAUUAUCAAACUGGAGAUAAAUCAAUGCAACUUAAUCAAGCAAAAUUUAAAGAGAAUGGCAAUUGUGGUUACAUUUUGAAACCCGACUUUACGUUUCGAGAUGAUUUUAAUCCUUUCGAUAAAAAUUGCUUAUACGGAGUAGAAUCUCUUAAAUUUAAUAUAAAAAUUAUCGGUGCUAGGCAUUUAAUUAGAGCGGGUAGGGGUAUAGCUAGUCCUUUUGUUGAAAUUGAAAUUAUAGGAGCAGAUUUUGAUUCUGGUACAAAAUUAACAACAAAAACGAUACCUGAUAAUGGAUUUAAUCCCAUGUGGAACGAAUCUUGUGAAUUCGAAGUUUUAAACUCAUACUUCGCGUUCAUACGAUUUGUAGUGCAGGAUGAAGAUAUGUUUGGUGAUAGUAAUUUUAUUGGACAAGCAACGUUUCCCGUUCGGUGUUUGCGAUCAGGAUAUAGAAGUGUUCCAUUAAAAAAUAAUUUUAGCGAAGAUCUUGAACUUGCAUCGUUACUAAUACAUCUUCGGAUGACAUCUUCAGAAAAUCAUCCGCAUAGUUUAUAAAACCAGUAUUGAAUUAUGCACAGGCUUAUAAAUGUUUAAAGAAUUUUUAAAUUGCGUGAAGGUAAGAAUUAAUACUUCCUCAAAAAGUGUGAUUUAUAUGUUUAGUGUAAAUAUCACAAGAUGAAAUAUUUCGUUCAGGAUCUUAAGUAAAACAUUGUUAUAGAAGACUGGUUAUUUACAAAAAUUAUACUUCACAAAUUAAAAUUGGUGAUUACAGAAAAAAUAUGCUCAUCUUUGUAACCUAAUUAUAUAGGUGAUUUAGGGAUUUAAUGUUAUAUAUAAUAUAAAAAAGAAAUCAUUACAGUAUUAAAUAGUAGAGGAAUGGUUAGAAAAGAAGUUCAAUAUAAAAAAUGCAAUAAUUUCUUAUAAAAAGUAACAUGUUACAAGGAUAUAGUAAUAUGUUUAAUCAAAUCAUUGUAAAUAACAUAUAAAACAUGCUUUUAUUAUGCUACUAGGUAUCUUGAUUUAUUUGUAUCUUAUCAUUCAUAUCAAAAGAAUGAAUUAUAUCUUUUGAAAAAAUCAAUGUGAUUUCGCACAAUUACCUUUAAAUGUUUAAUGUAGAAAUUAACAUAUCUUUACAUAUCUUUAACUUUUAAAGCAUAUCUUUAUUAAAAUUAUAUUUGUAUUUUUUCUUUUAUUUCGACAAAAAUAAAUUAGAACAAUAAGACUAUACACAUUAUAUUUUAGACUGAACUAACACGCAUAAUACGCUUCCAGUUUUUUCAAUUAAAAAAAUAUUUUCACGUUGAUAGUAUUUAUUUAUUAUUUCAAAGACAAUGACCUUAGUUCAUGAAAGAUUAAGAAAUGUUGAGAGGCUGAUUGUUAAACAAUAUAAAUAUAUUUAAAUUGUCUUUGACAUAAGACUAUAAAAUUAAUUUUAUCUAAAACAAGAGAUAAUGUGUUUAAAGGCGUCAUGAAUUUACGUACUAACUAACAAAAAUAUUUUUUUCAUAUAAAAGUGAUAUAUAUUUCAUUAAAUUUUUUUAUAAUUAUUAUUCGUACAUUUUUUACAAUCAGAAAUAGGUUUAUUAUAAGUUACUUGUUUAAAAUAAAUAGAUAAGAGUAA